AUGGCAAGCACAGCAAAGGCCGUGGCCUUGUCCCCGGCUCCCUAUCAUAUCAUCACGAACGACCUUUUUCCACAUCUAACAAGUCGGCAGUCCUUCGUCAACGGCAUCGUAGCGUUCAGGGCAGUCGAUCGUGCCAGCUUCUCCGCCAUCCAGCAAAAGCUCUUCCCCAUCUACUUCGGCCUUCAAACUGUCCUACCCGGUGUUCUCGCUCUGACGUUCCCCGGAAACUCUCUGAUUGGUCUUGCAAAUGGUCCAGCUGGUUUGGUGUCGGAAUUUGCCCGCUGGCACUCUUUGUUGCCUAUCAGCGUCAUGGGUAUCACUGGUGCUAUCAACCUGCUUGUUCUCCUACCAAUGACUGUCGACAUUAUCAAGAAGCGACGUGGUCAAGUUAAGCGAGAUGGUAAGGAAUACUACGCUGAGGGACCUCACUCAGACGAGAUGAAGGCUCUCAACAAGAAGUUCGGCAUGCUUCACGGCGUCUCAUCUCUUCUCAACCUUGCUACAUUUGUGGCUGCUAUCGGAUACGGUUUCACUUUGGGUGGUCGGGUUCUGUCCGUUGCGGACCUUGCUUAA